AUGGGAGCAUUAGGAUCGAAACCCAUCGUUAUCGAUGUCAAAAGGGAUAAAACUUAUUACCAUAAUACCUACCAAAUCGAGGUUAAACAUAAUCCAUUGACUGGUAGAGGCUAUGAAGAUUUCAAAGGCUUCAAACUUUACAGGCACGAACUUCCGAGUGGCAUAGGUUACUAUUUUGAAAACAUUCACCACGAUGGCAAGGAACAGAAUAUACCAAACAAGGAGACUUUUCUCUACAACUCCAGAGGCGUCACUGUGUUCUACUGGGCAAGCGAUUUGGAAAACGUCCUGCCGCUGAUCAUAAAGUACGAUUCAGACGAAUCAACGUUCUUUUACAAGAAGGAAAACAUAGAUACAAACAAAUGGUCAGGCAUAAAUUAUGGUCUUAUCCCCUAUCUACCAAGUGACCUCGGCACAACAGUCAAGAGAAGCUUUGGUGAGGUGGUAAUACCCAACCUCUCUGCGGCAAAAACUACGACAUAUUGUGCUCAUCCGUCUCUGGAGUGUUUCAAAAAUCCCGGAUCUUGUGGAGGAUCAUCUCGGCAUUACUCUGGUUUUCUCACUCUAUCCGUGAGCCGGUCCAGCGAACCCUGUCAGGGCUACACCAAGAUUACUCAACAAGGCCAAUAUGGACGACCCUUUAGGAUUCUUUCCACCUACUGUACUUUCAAAGGGGGCCAGAUUCAGCUCGAUAAACCAAAAUUGGAAAAUGUCACUUCAGUCUCCGUCUACUAUUGGGAAGGGGAUACAGCCUUUAAGAAUCCUCUAAUUCUGGAGCUCCAGUGUGUUAAAGGGCAAAAAUACCAAGAAUUCUACACCAGAAGUGCUGAUGGCAAAAAAUGGAUGCAUGCUUCCAACAUAGACUCCUCCAAGUUGGCUGACGAUCUGGACGUCCUAAACUGUGAAUACAAUAAUGCAGUCCCAGUUGACAUAUGCAAGAGAGAUGAUGGCACUAAGUCUAAAUACUUUGAGAAGACUGGUAGUGAAUCGUGGAAAGAUAUUACAGAGGGAGACUUUGAUAAGAAGCUUCAGGAAAUGGGAGAAGCUGUAAAAUCUAAUAGCAACACUCCUCGGGAUGCUUAUCUAAAUAUUGCCCAUCCAAAUAGACUACUAUGCAAGUCCUUCGACUACUCUUUUUCUGGUAAUGCAGUAAAACUGGUCGUCCCAAAGAAGGGCAUUUCUAUAUCUACGCUCGUAAACGGUGCUGAGGAGGAUGCUUAUACUCUUCCCUCUGGAGAGACAUUUGGCCAUGCCAGAGUUUAUCUCAACAAGGACGGUAGAGUAGAGCUAGUUCUUGUAGUAACUAGGACAUCUGAUACCCCUAAGGAAACUUAUCUUGAACUUAAAGAUUGUAACUGGAGACAAUGCAGUAAUAUUGACGCUAAGAUUAAGAGUUUAAGGGAUCUUGCAAAUUACAUAUCAGACUUUGACAUCGAUAUUUCCGCAACUAGUUCAGAGAAAUGCACCAUCUUUGAAGUAGAUCUCUUGGGAGUUACCACUAGACACUUUUAUCCCAAACCUGGUCAUGUCUCCACCAAAGUAAAGGACGGUAAUAAAGAACUAUGGACUCCUAUAAAUGCUUCGGAUGUUUGUCUAUCAUGCCUUAUUUAUAAACGUGGUGAUAAGGAAUUACUUGAGAUUACAGUUUUAGAGGACUAUUCAAGGAGAUGGAAGUUCUUUGAAAAGACCGCUGAUGGCUGGGUCUCCAUUGAUAAGGAAGAGUAUAAGAAUAAGCUAAAUGAAAUGAGAGGACUUCCUAAGGCUUCUUAA